AUGUCGGAUGCAUACGAGCGCGAACGUCAAAACAAUUCUCGUCUCAAUGAACUAUCCGCAAAAGUGUCGGCCUUGAGAGGCGUUACGGUGGAUAUAUAUGAUAAUGCUAGAGCGCAAGAUGUUAUUGAUAAUACUUCCGAUACCUUCUCCAGCAUGUCUUCCUCCCUCAAAGGAUCUGCUUCACGCCUAGGCCGUAUGGCCUCCUCCGGAAAUAAAGUCGCCAUAUUGAAACUUAGCGGGAUGAUCAUUGGGUGCGUGAUGGUUUUGUGGUUCUUAUGGGGAUUGUUUGUUUAG